AAUUGCUUUAAGGAGAUAACCUGACUUGAGAUGUACAUACGUACAGCACGCCAGUUCAUAGUUCGUAGUUUAAUGGAGAACUGCGUUGCGUCUUGUGUUGCGUAGAGUAUUACAAAUUUAUCGUAUAUAAUACACUUCGUUGUAAUUUGUACAAUGCGUAGAGUUGAAAUAUAUAAUGAAAAGUGACGAUAUUUCAAGUGAGAUCAGUAAUUAGAUCAAAAUAUAUUGCGAAAAAGAAAUUCUUCGACAGAUAAUAACCUUUACUUUAAAACAAUGUAAUAUGUAUUGUGACAUUUCUUUAAAAUAAUCCAUAUAUUUAGACGUAUUUUACUCAUAUAAAUCAUUACAUCUCACCUAACCUAUCUAAACGACAUGAAGUAAUACUUACAAGAAAUUAAAUUAAACUAAAAUCAAACAUGAAUACAUUGUGAAUCAUACCCAAUUAAGUUCAUAACAUAUGAAAAUGUUUCGAAGUCGUAGUUGGUUUGGAGGAGGCCUUUGGAAGCCAAAAAAUCCACAUUCUUUAGAGCACCUUAAGUAUGUACCUGUACAAUGUUCUGUCGAAAAAUCAAACAGUUUCUGAAAAUAAUAGAGGUUUAUUAGUAGAAACUCUUCGUUCAAUAGCUGAAAUUUUAAUAUGGGGUGACCAAAACGAUAGUAGCGUCUUUGACUUCUUUUUGGAAAAGAACAUGCUUUCAUUCUUCUUGCGUAUUAUGAAGCAGAAAUGUGGAAGCUAUGUAUGUGUUCAAUUACUUCAGACGCUCAAUAUUUUAUUUGAAAAUAUACGUAAUGAAACAUCUUUGUACUACCUACUAAGUAAUAACCAUGUAAAUAGUAUUAUUGUGCACAAAUUUGACUUCAGUGAUGAGGAGGUAAUGGCAUAUUACAUCAGUUUCUUAAAAACCUUGAGCUUGAAGUUAAAUACUCAUACCAUCCAUUUCUUCUAUAAUGAGGUAAACGAGCAUACCAAUGACUUUCCUCUAUAUACGGAAGCCAUUAAGUUUUUCAAUCAUUCAGAGGGUAUGGUUCGUAUAGCAGUAAGAACUUUGACUUUAAAUGUAUAUCGUGUGGAAGAUGUGUCUAUGUUGGCAUUUAUAAGAGAUCGCACAGCAGCACCUUAUUUUAGUAAUCUUGUAUGGUUUAUUGGUAAUCAUAUUAUAGAAUUGGAUACAUGUGUCCGAAAUGAUGCAGAUCAUCAAAGUCAAAAUAGAUUAUCAGAUUUAGUGGCAGAACACUUGGAUCAUUUGCAUUAUUUAAAUGAUAUACUUUGUUUAAAUAUACCCGAUCUUAACAAAGUACUCUCAGAACAUCUGUUGCAUAAAUUACUAGUUCCACUAUAUGUAUAUUCUUUAAUGAAACAAAAAGAUCUUUAUCAAAAUCAGGAUGAAAGAAAAUAUGUCAGUGUGGUUGUGGCAUUAUUUUUACUUUCUCAAGUUUUUUUGAUUGUUUCUCAUGGACCUCUUGUAUAUACUUUAGCAGCUGUGAUACUAAAAUCUGAUUUGAAUAUGAUUCAAAUAGGAGUAAGAAAAGUGAUUGAAACAUUUAGUGAUAUAUCAUCAAAUAAAUUAAUCGAAUUUUCACAGCCAAAAGAAACAUUAGAAAAGUCCUUAGAAAAUUUAUGUGAAUCAUUAACCAUAUCAGAAAGUCUCAAUGAAGAUGAUAAUAAUGUAGAAUUUACAAGUGAGAUUGGAGAAACUAUAGGUGAAAAAGUACAAGAUUUAAGUAAACCUAGCACAUCACGUGCUCAUAUGUUGCCCUGUGAUACAUCUAUUAAGAGCUCUGAGGAAUUAGAUAUGAAUAUUUCGACUGAAGAACUAGAAGACAUAAAGCAUUUGAAUGUAACUGAUGAAGAGAAAGAACGUUUGGCACUAGAAAGUCCAUUAACACAGAGUCAAAUACAACAUAAUGCUCUUGAAUUAUUAUCAAAUAAACCAUUUUUAGAAACUAUAUUGAAUUCCUUAUUUUGUACAGAAAAUGAUUAUGCUGCAUUAUUUGGAUUGUGCUUACUUUAUGCAUUAGCCAAUAACCAGGGUAUAAAUCGUGAAACAUUGGAUUUAGUUUUAUCUCCUUCACAGAAUGCAGAAACAAAGAAUUGGUACAAUGAUAUAUUAAUAGAUAGACUAAUUCAUAUAAUCACUCUAAGCUGUCAAACAAAUGCUAAAGUAAGGCUUGUUACACUGGAAUUAACAAUCAAAUUGUUGACACAGUUAGUUUUAUCAGAAGGACAAAGUCUUCUAAAAGAUUCGCAUUUAGCAGCAAUUGAAGCAGCAAAAGAACAAAGCACAGCACUUUUGAGGAACUUUUAUAAGAAUGAAGAGAUAUUCUUGGAUAUGUUUGAGGACGAAUAUAAUGAAAUUCAAAAAAGACCUUUAAAUGUUGAAUGGUUGAUGAUGGACAGUAAUAUUUUAUUACCUCCUACGGGUACCCCAAUGACUGGUAUUGAAUUUAGUAAACGAUUACCAUGUGGUGAAGAGGAAAGAGCACGUCGUGCGAUUAGAGUAUUUUUCUUAAUUCGGGAAUUGUCUUUCACUAUUAAUAUGGAAGAAGAAACACAGCUACCCUUAACAAGUCCAGAUAAUUGUGUUCAAGUUACCAACGUACUUGAUCUAAAUAACAGUGACAUAAUAGCAUGUACAGUUGUAUGGAAAGAUGGACAAAAAAUCCAUUGGUUUUUGGUCGUUGAUGAUACACAAUUAAUUCUAGUUGAACCUGACGCCAAGCUUGGGUGGGGUGUAGCAAAAGUAGUAGCCUUUUUACAGGAUAUUGAAGUAGCAGGUGACAAGGACGAUUCCAGAUGUUUGAAUUUAACUAUAUACAAGCCUCUGAGUAAUAGCACAGGCAACAGAGUUCCAUUGCUAUCAACUAAAUUUAUCUUUAAUGAUCAUAUUAGGUGCAUGGCUGCAAAACAAAGGCUAACCAAAGGUAAAAUAAAAGUACGGCAAAGAAAGAUAAAUCAAAUCGCUCGAUUAUUGGAUAUACCAACAAGUAUACCCCAUUCGUCUACUCCCCCAAACUAUGCUUUACGUAAUAUGCGACAUGACCGUAUUCUUGGACGUGGACAAAGGCAGAAGGAUCAAUCAAGACCAAUGUUUACGGUAAAUAAAGUUCCAGGAUUCGCUGCACAAAUGCGCAGGGAACAUGUCCUUAGACCUGUUCUUGGUCUUCCAUCAACUAGUUGUAAGCGUGUUGAUAAUAACUCUAAUGAGAAGAUUCAUGAAAAUGGUUUACGAUCUAGAGAUAGUUCUCCAAAAAUGCCACGUCCGCGUAGCGAGGAAAUACCUCUUGAGGAUAUGCGUAAUCGUAAAACAUCUUUGACGUCUAAUGGAGCAAGCGCAUCUCACAUAUGUUUAGAGAAGAAAGAUAAUAGCAAUUCUGGUAGUUCAACUAAUAGUGAAUCUUCAUCUAUAAUUAGAAAACGUUCCGAAGAAACAUCGUUUACUUCUCCUCAAAAUCAAGAAGUUAAACCACGUAGAAAGGGUCAAGUGGAGACUGUAUGAUUAUAUAAGAAUAGAAUUAUUUUUAAAACUUGGAGAAAGGAAAAUUUUUGUUAGGAAGCUGAUGAAAGAAGAAAAAUGUAUAUACAUUUUUGAAAUAGAAACAAAAUUCUCAAUCAAUUUAAUCUGUAACUAUUUGUAUGUCGUUUGAAGUUUUUAAAACUCUAUGUUUUUUCACAGUAUUUGGUAACUGAUAUUACAGGUAAUUACUACUGCCUUUUGUGUAAUUACAUACUUUGUCAUUUGCAGUUACGAAAUGAAACUUGUAUAAAAAAUAGAACAUCCGCGUUAAAUUUUAAUAAAUGAACACAUCGUGAUAAAUAUUUCUGUUACGUAAUUACAUGUUUUGUAGAUACGUUUUAUUCUUUAUACAAAUAUUAUGUUUAUUGUUUUUAAAUGUGGACACUAUUUCAUUAGUAUAUAAAUUAUUGAGUAAUGUUUCUUAUAAUGAUUUAAUGUAUAUAUGUUUUUUAAUCUAGAAUAAAAGUAAUUUAAAUUAUCUAUAUAAAAUAUUAUCUGUGUGUUAAACAUGCUUUGCAUUCAAUAUUUGUAAGACCCUUCAAUACUUGAAAGGUUAUUUUUUGCACAACAGACAAAUUGUUUAUUCAAUAUAUAUUUCCUUUCUUAGACAUUUAUUUUAAAAUGCAAUAGUAUAUUAUUUACUUUUAAAAUAAUGUGGGAAAUUUUAGUACUUGCUAACAUUAUUAUCAUAAUUUAAUUUUUCUUUUUCUACAGGUAUUACAUCUAUUUCCAACGUGUAUAGUACCACUUUUUUAUAAAUUAUAUUAAAUUUGGUAUUAAAAACAAAAAUUGAAUAUUGUAAAUAAACAUAUUUAAGAACGAUAUUAGAAUAAUGUUCUAAUUUUAGAAUAAGCUUUAAGAAACUGUAAAUUCUCUUAAAUGCAUCUGUAAUAAUGGUAUAACCUCAUGUCCAUCUGGACUAUUUUAGUCAAAAGAAAUUAAUUCUGCUGUUUCAGGCUUUGGUUCCUCUUUUGCUUGAGUAUUUUCUGCUGCUGGUGGAGCUGAAUUUUGUGGAAAUGUAAAUGGUUGGCCUUGGGUAGCAGAAAUUUGUGUCAUUCCUUGCAUAUUUAAGUUAGGUCCUGUAGGACCUUGUAGAGACUGACUUGAUGGAACCAUCCCAGUACCACCUGCAGCAGAAACUUGUAUAGCAGUUGUUCUUUGAGAUGGAAUAAUAGCAGAAACAUGCUGUUGUACUGGAGCUCCUUGUGGAAUAGGUAUACCAAUAGGUUGUGGUCCAAUUUGUGGUGGAAGUACAACUUGUCCAGGUGGACCGUGUGUCGCUGGAACUAUUUGCCUUGGUGGUGGGGGUGCUAUAUUAGUAGAUGGUACUGAUUGAGCUAUACCUAUCUGAUUUGGUAAACCCGAUAUUUGUGAAGUGUGAGGUCCUUGUGGCAUGUGGCUUGGUGGUACUUGUGUCACUGGAAUAUGAGUAGCAGUACCUUGUUGAGCAGUACCUAUCUGAUGAGCAGUCGGUUGUUGAAGUUGUGUUAUAGGAUUCGUUACUUGAGGUAUCUAUGAUAAAAAAUAUAAUAAAAAGACUUUAAGUUA